CUCAUCUAGCAUCCAGUUUCGCUUGCAGAUGGCGCUUGAAGCUGUCGUUGAUGGUGGUACGAACGCACUUCGCGUGUGCUGGGCGGGUUCCGGCGAAAUCCUGGCAGUUUGGAGUGCCGAGGAGUUUGAUAUGAAAGAUGAUGAUAUUCUGGUUCCACCACUGGAUUUGAAGCUAGUGAUGUUGGCCCACUGGCCACCUGAUCAAGAAGAAGACAAGUCCUUUCUCGUGGCCUGUACCACGGGUCAUGUGGAAGAAGUCCAACGACGACUUUUGCUUCCUCAAGAUCCCAACAUUACGAAUGAAGAAGGUCGGUAUGCUCUGCAUUUGGCCUCUGAGAAUGGCCACCCACUAGUGGUGCAGAUGCUUCUUGAGGCUGGAGCCCUUCAUGACCCCACUGCACAGGAUCAAGAGGAUGUCGCGACUCCUUUGCAUCUCGCGGCUUACUACGGGCACCCACAAGUGGUAAACUUGCUGGUUGCAGGUGGGGCGUUCCAUGACCAGGCCAUGACCGACACUGGUGUCACCCCGCUCCUUUUGGCAGCACAGAAUGGUCAUUUGGAGGUGGUGCGAUCCCUACUGGAGUUCAGAGCAGUUCCUGAUACAGCAACGAAGCAGGAUUGCCACUAUCCUUUGCAUUUGGCCUCCCAGAAUGGACACCUGGAUGUAGUGAAUCUGUUGCUGCAGGCUGGGGCCUCUUGUGACAAGGCCGCGACCGAUGACGGCUGGACUUCUUUGCAUUUGGCCGCUCAGAACGGCCAUCUUGAAGUGGUGAAGUUGCUGCUGGAGGCCAGAGCGCUUCCUGAUACGAAGACCGCGGAUACUGGUCAAACUCCCUUGCAUUUGGCAGCGCAGCAUAGUCACCUGGAAGUGCUUCGGACCUUGCUGGAGGCUGGAGCCUCGUGUGAUCCGCAGGCGACGCAUGGCGUCACUCCACUGAUCUUAGCCGCUCGUCAUGGCCACACGGACGUCGUGAGAUCACUGCUGGACAAGGGUGCCGAUCCAGCCACAAGCCCAACGGAUGGUCAAAGUCCCUUGCUGCUUGCUGCGGAGAGUGGCCAUUUGGAAGUGGUGCGCUUGCUGCUGGAAGCAGGCUCAAGGGAUCAGAAGGAGAUGGAUCGCUCAACAGCCUUGCACUUAGCUGCACUGAAGGGCCAUACAGAGGUGGUGGAAGUCUUACAGGAUGGUGCCAAGAGAGCUAAACGAGGUCACCCAUAGUGACCGAGCUCGACUCACAUCAUGUUGUCCUUUGCAGUCGGGAUGUUACUUGGCAAGCUGUUGUGUUAAACUGAGAAGACGAAGGCUUUCUCCAAAGCUGCCGCAGCUGGGUUCCUUAUUCAGAUGUUUCUCCCCUGCAUCCAAGACCUGUUGGCUGGUGUCCAAAGAUCACCAGGCAAGGCUCUACCAGGCAAGGAACGAUGUCGCCCUCCGGGGGC